AUGAGUUUAAGUUAAGCAGGUCGUUAAGCCAUAAAUCCAAUUACAGGGGAAUCUAGAUUCUAAUAACCAGAUUAUCGCCGGUCCUAAGAAGUCAAGAAUGAACCUACAAGAACAGCAGAAUCAAGGAGAAACUUUGCAAAUACUUCAGUGCCUGUUGAGAAUUAGGAAUAAAAUAUAUUCUAAAUGGAUAGGAUUGCUCAAUUAUAAGAGUAAGUGUAAAUGCUGGAAAAGUAACUUACAUAAGAAGUUAAGCGGAAUUCUAAAAUGUUAGUUGAUUUGGAAAGAGAAGUUAGGACGAGAGGUUAAAUGGGAGAUCCUAACCAAAUGUUCGAAGACUUGUAGAAUAAGAUGUAUUCCCUGGAAACCAAAAUUAUAGCUUAAGAUAGGCAAAAGAGCGAAUUGGGUUCAAAAGUGGCCAUCUAGGAGUAAAAUCUUAAGGAGUUGUUGUACUUCUUGAAGAACACUUAAAAUAAAGAUACUAACGAGGUUUUGUAGAUGCGAGGAAUGUUACAGGAAAAGAUAACUGAAGAGAGUUCGCAACUCUAAAAAGAGAGAGAGAAGACAAAAGCCUUGUUUAUGGAGAUGGUGAGAUUGGGAGAGUUGUAAGAAAAACUCUAGGAAUCACUUUCGACUUCUCAUCAGCAUUUUGAAUAGAGAAUUAAUGGAAUGGAGAGCAAGAUAUACAAUGGAGAGAAAGCUUUGAUUUAAGUAGCAUAGAGAGGAGAUUCGGGCAUGAAUUUCAUUAAUUGA